GCCGCUCUGCCCACACUCUAUGGUUCGGGGUGGUGGUGAGACUGCAGGAAGCGGAGCUGCUCCGGCGUCUCAUUCAAAGUGCGUCCGGGCGGGUGUGCUGCUGCAGUGAGGUUUCAUGAGUCAGACUGGGCUGUUGGAAGUUUCUUCUGAAGAUGUACAUGUUGGUUGAAAAUCGCACCAGUUCCUAUCUUCAUCUGAAGAGGUCACCUGGCAUCCGAUCUUGGUCUCUCUUUGUUGGAAUAGCCUCCAUAGGUUUGGCUGCUGCUUAUUACAGUGCAGACAGCUUGGCAUGGAAGCUCUUCUAUAUGGCUGGGUGUUUCUUUGUGGCAGCACAGAAUCUGGAGCAGUGGGAGGAAGCUGUGCUUGAUAAGAAUAAGGGAACAAUCUGCCUAAAGACAUUCAGUCUUUACAAAAAAAUCCUGACCCUCUCAAAAGGAGGCAAUGAACAAGUAGUGGCUCUGCUGAAUGAGAUCAGAGAUGUGAAUGUGGAAGAGGAGACUGUGCGGUACUUCGGGAAGGGUUACCUGGUGGUGCUGCGAUUCAUCACUGGGUUUUCACACCCACUGACUCAGAGUGCAGUGCUGGGCUGCAGAAGUGAUGUGGAAGCAGUUGCCAAACUCAUCAUGAGUUUUCUGGAACUGGACAGAGUAGAGAGCCCACAAGAUUUCUCUCAGAGCAGCGAAACAGAGGCUAGUGAUGCAGAUGAACCACAGGAUAAAUACUAAGUCAUCACAAGCUGAAGAAAGAAGAGGUUUUCAAACAUCUGGAAAAUAUGCUGGUUGUUCUUCAGGAAAAGAAAUCUUGCUGUCUUGACUGGGGCAUUUCUCUACAUGGGCAUUUACAAUGGGAGGAAUGUGUCUUGGGGCACCUUUGUUAGUGCUAAACUGCUUCAAGAUCCACGCUCCCAGUAUUGCCACUGUAGAAUCCAAAGCAAAUUCCAUUUUAUAUGCUACUUUGCCUUAGUUUCUGCACUUGGACAAUGCUGGCUUUUGAACAUUGUCAGCUCAUCAAACUUGUCUGGGAAUAGUUAUUUAUCAAUGAAUUGGUUUGAGAUCAGUUAUUGCUUUCCCAUUAAUAGAGAUACAGAUGUUAACUUCCACUUAGUACAAACAUCUGUUGCAGAUAGUGUAGGAAAUGCAGAAGAGCUGAACUUGUUUUUCUUGAAAUGUAAAUGCCUGAAUAUAUUGCUAAAUUGGUUUAAAGCAUCUUAAUAUAUGCAAUUAGGUGAUGCAGAACAGUGGCACUUUCACAUUCUCUACUACUGUCUUGCCAUUAGGUACUAGUGGAAAUUAAAGCUUGAGUGACUGUCUUGGAAUUGGAAACAUAAGGCUGAUCAACUUGCUAUUUGUCUUCUCUUGGAUUUGCCAGGGAGCUGUAAAUUGUGAGCAAGGAAUGAGCACAUUGAUUUUAACAUCUUCAGGAUGUUCUAGCUUAAUCCUGUUCUGCUUAACUUCUGGUAUAGGCUACCCUAAGAGAGAAUAACCUUUUCCUACACCUCAACAUUGACUAUUGUAACUCUGUAUUUCAAAAGGAAGGAAAGCACAUCUGGUACUUUAGCUAGGGAAAAGACUGAUGUCCAACAGCAUGGUAGCCUAGAUUUGUUUAGUAUUUCCUCACAUGAAAGGAUACUGAAGUGCUGAUGUUUUUUAAACAUAGCUGGGAUAGAUCCAUGUUUUAUUCCCUGUCUGUAGUGUCCUGUGUUCUCACCAGUGGUUUCACUAAUAGUUAAAGUAUGAAUUUUCCACGGUAUUUCUUGAAGUAAAAGCUACCUCUUAGUCAACAUGUUCUGUCUAGAAGUAAAACUUCAUCAUGCCUGUAUCAACUUGUUAGUAGAGGGGAAAAAAAAGUUAAGAGCUGAAAGUUCCUUCAGCAUGGUAGAACUGCUUAUAUGAAAGUUCUGCCAAAUUUUGCUUGGGAAUUGUAUGGUCUGAAGACCUGAAUUAGAAAAUACUUGCAGUUACUUCUAGAUCUGAACAGGGUACAAAGUAACUGUGUGGUCUCCUUUUCCAUUUGGCCAGCAGCACGUCUUCUGGCAGUAGUUUUCUCCAGGACUUAGAAGAACCUGCAUUUUUGUUUCAAAGCACUCUACCUCUACUGAAGAGAAAGCUAGGAAAGGAUUUCAGCUAUGUUAUGUUGUAUGUUGCAGCUAUAUCUGAAACUAAGCACAGGCUUCUCUGACCAAAGAACAGGCUGUACCAACAGUUUGCUUCCAGCCUUUUAGACCUAGUGAGACAAAGAUGCUCUUACUGGUGGUUUGAAAGGGUAAUCACACUGUAACAGGGGGAUCAGUGUGGAUGCAGCUUCACUGCGACACAGAACUGGGUCUAGUUCUAUUCAAUAAGAAACUUG